UUGCAUGUCGGUAUAACAAUUAAACACUUGAGAAUUUGUGUUAGAAACUUAUCCUACCGUAAACAAAUACAAAAUAUAAAAAAGUGAAUUUUUAUACAGAAAUUUAAGUUGUAACAAGGAGCUAGAUCAUGUAUUAAAUUUAUUUUAUGUUAUAUUGUGAAAUAUAAGGCUUGCCAGCACGAAAUAUAUGAAAAGGCCAUGACGUCCUUGAUACUUACCCAAUUACAUUUGUCGGAGGUGAAACAAGACAUAAUUGUGGACUUUGACUUAAUAUCCGGUGAAAACCUGAUAGCAUUACAAUGUUCCAGUAAUCAGCUUAUAAUAUUGGAUCUUUUAGAUUUAUCAACAGAGUUAACUGAUUUGCCAUAUAAUUUAUAUUACGUUAAAAUUCCACAAACUUAUAACUUGGAAUCAUUAAAGAAAAACGAUUUGAAACAAGCUUAUAAUGACUCGACUUUAUUGGAACAGCAUCGACGAGUAUUAGAGCCGACAUAUAUGGCACAUUUUUCUUGUGAACCUCCAAAAGUAAAUGCUUUGCAAUUUAAACGAGCACCACGGAAUACAGCGAUCGGAGAUUCACUUGCCGUUAUUGUAACUAAUAGUGGACUGUGUCGAAUAUUAAUAAAGAUGGCUGCUCCUAGUCGUCAUUGGAAUGAAAUAUGCAAUGUUAAUGAUUUAUUUUUUGAUGAAAAAUUAGCCUCAAAAAUCAAGGGCUUCACAGAAAGUCAUGCUAUUGACUGCUACAUAACUGCAGCUGCUUGGCAUAAAAAGGAACCGAUAUUAUUAGUAUCUUUCGAGAAUGGAUAUAUAGCAAUUAUUUUUUUCCAAGAUACAAAAAGUGCUAAUGUAAAAGAUAUUUGUAUAACAAGAACAACACUUAAAAAAAUAUAUGAUAUACAUCUAUUUGAUCAUUUUUUGCUUAUUAGUACUAGAGAUGGUAUUUUGAAAUUAUUUUCAGUAAAUCUAAUUAAUGAUAUGCCUAUUAUAACUCCAUUGGAAGAUUUAUGGAGUAAAAAAGAUAAUAUAGUUUGCAGCAAAGUACUUGUAAAUAAGUUUUCUGCCAGUAUAUAUCUGGUCGUUUUUAAUAAAGGUCCUAAUAUAAUCCUGUAUUCGUUCAAUACUAAAGGUGAAGUUAUGCACUGUAAAGAGCUGUAUAUUGGUGGGAUAAAAGUAACAGGAAUCCAAUUCAUAUCUUCCUCUGAUUUUAUCGUCACUACCAUCACGAAUGAUGUGAGUUAUUUUCAAAUAAACUUUGUGGAUCAAAGGGAAUUUGAAAUAAUUGAACAUAGUAUUGAGACCAAUUUGAAGACCUCGAACGUAGGAAUUCUGGGUACAAUUCCAUCACUAAAUACAAAUAUAUUGACCUUUAUAUUAUUUCGUAACGGAGAAUAUACACAACAAUGUAAAUAUAUGCAUAAUAGUAUAUUUAUAAAUAUUGUAAAAUUGCAAAGACUCGGCGACCGAAAGCUAUUAGCAAUGCCUAGCAAACAUGUAAUUAAUCCAUGUAACGAUAAUGCAACUAUCUUGGGAAUGGAUAUAUUUAAUAAUAUGGAAUAUGACAAUUACUGCCCUCUUUCGGAUAUCAUAAAUACUCAGUUACCUGCCGUUUUGAAUGACUCCUUUUUACUUCAACUUCAAACAAAAUUUGUGUUUGUUUCGAAUUUCCUAAGUUAUCAAAGGUUCAUGGCGAAAAAAAACCAGGACUCCACUGCAUUUUCACUAAAAUUUCUGUCACUUAGUAUUCAAAUAACUCACGUAAUAUGUCGGCUUAAGUACUUAUUUUCAUUAAAAUCUUCAGCUUUGAGUGAAUUUCAAAAAGAAUCCAUUCAUGUUUUUUUAAAGAUAUAUAUUGUUUUAAUUAGAAAAUUCAAAAAGCUGUUAUUGCACCAAAAUUUUGUAGAGCAAACAAAAGAACGAUUUUUGAAUUUUUUAACUAAAGAAUUUGAUGUGAAUACUAAGAACUGUAAAACGCAUAUUGAGUGGAAAGAAAAGUGUUUAUAUUGCAAGAACAUAAAUAACCCCGAAACUAUGAUGUGUGACCAAACUCAUAAAGUAAAACGGUGUUAUAUAUCAUACAGACAGCUGCCUAUCAUAUCAUCUCGUUACUGCCCUCGAUGUCAGUAUUACGUACUGGAAGACUUAUCAUUACUACAACAACUCUUCCCUGAAAACGAAGUAGUUAAAUGUAUAUUUUGUCAUUUUGUUUUUACGAAUGAUUGUAUUUGAAAAUACAAAGUAAUUACCCUGUACAUCCAAAAUAAUAAUAAACAAAAUGAUUGAAAAUUAA